CUUCCUGGCUCCCCUGCCACAAGCUUGAGAUGAGAGGCUGAGGUGCUCCGGGCAGCCAUGAGAGUGAGGUGCGAGACAGGUGAGAAGGCGUCAAUGGCGGCCUCGACAAUCAUAUCAAUGUCCCCGAAUCCUCCUUUUCUGAACCAGAAACUGACGAGCAAGCUCGAGAGUAAUGGCGGUUCCAUCUCAGUACCAACCAUGGACGACAUCCUCGCCGCCUCGCGAGCUCAGAAACUCGACCUCCAGCUUAGUAAACUGGGACCCUUCUUCAGGAUCACUGCUAGAGGCUCCGAGACCGGAAGGGAGCUAGGGAGGUUUGAGGGUAUGAUUAGGGUCUGGGCCGGAGGGAGGAUCCUCCACUUGGACUCAAUCAGGCUGAGGAGGGAGACGCUGGGGAUGGAGAAGUCAAUAUUCGGGAUUGGAGUGUUCAUCGGAGCUGUCGCGAUACGGUAUGGGUUCGAUUGUGGGUGCAGGAAGGCCGAGCUGCUCGCGAUCAACGACUCGGAUCUCUACCACUCCAAGCUGGUGAGGUUCUACACGAGACUCGGGUUCAAAGCCGUGCAUGAGGUAACGGGUUCUACAAUGGGAGACCUAGCCCACAUGCUAGUCUGGGGAGGAGUUGGGACCCGAAUGGAUGCUGAUAUAGACGAGCUUCUGGUGAAAUGGUGCUCCCGGUUCAAGCGCCGAGAAUAAUCCCGACUGUGGAGCAGCCUAGAGUGGCUCCUGAGAGUUCUUUUGUUAAUGAUAGCUGGAGAAGAUGCUUA